AUGGCGGAAAAUAACACAACAGUCAGCUAUGAUUUCACCUCUGCCAGUAUUUCAUUGUACUUCUGCCAAAAACCUCCAUACCUCACCUGGGAUUUGACCAAUACAACGUUACCAUGGAUUUUAGUUGUCCUAAUAUUCACUGCUGCCCCUGUCACCACUGUCCUAAACAUUUUGGUAGUCGUCGCUUUGAACAAAAGCAGAGAACUGCAAAAGCUCUCCAACAUUUUGCUAUGCAGCAUGGCCGUCACUGAUCUCAUAACAGGAGCUAUAACAAUGCCGAUGUCAGCCAUCGUCGAUGUUCUAAUGCUUACCCGGGUUUCAGUAGAGCAUGUGUGCACGUUCGAUUCCUUGGUAAACAAACUCUUGCUAUUCACAAUGUCCAACAUAUCUUUGUAUCACUUAACUGCAAUUGCUUGGGAGAGAUACAUGGCCAUAAAAUGUUGGAAGGACUACAGGAACAAAGUAACCAAACGUCUCCUUCAAAAUCUCGGAGCCAUUGCUUGGCUGUUGCCAAUCCUCAAACUGGUUCCAACCGUUGCGAUGAUCAUCGUUGGUGUAGACCGAACAGUUCUCGGUCUGUGGCUUGCACUUGGAAUCAUUCUGGUCAUGGCUAGUUUAUUCGCCACUGUAUAUUUUUACAUCAUGUUGUUCCUCGGACUGCGGAAGCGAAAGCAAAACCAAACUAGCCAGGUUACUAUCAUGAUGAAAGCAAAACUCGAAUCUAAAGUUGCCAAGACAACUGGUUUAUUAACGGCUGGACUUCUGAUUUCGUUUGUUCCCUCGAUCGUCAUUACCACGUCGGGUACCUUUUUACCCGCAUUUAGCAUGAACUCCGCUUUCCGAUUAUCAGAGGUAUUUGUGCAGCUGAACUCUGUAUUAACUCCUGUCUUGUACUUCUACCGAGAUCGUCGUUUUCGAAACGCCGUUAAAGAGUUGUUGGGAAUGAAAACAACAAAGAAUAUUCAACAAUCCGUUGAAGCGACUCAAUCCUCUAAGAAAAACGAAUUAAACGAUAAGGCAUCAAUACAGCUAUCAGCUCACAACGGGAAAACAACCAGCUCGAUAUUGACAACAUCCGCUUCUCCUGACACCGCCGGAAAAGUUGACCAGGGACUUAAAGCGACUCUUGGAAGAUCCAUCUCCGAUCCAACGCUUUACAAGUGUUCUCGUGAUUCAUUCGUUCCAUGUGAUUCUCUGCCGUACGAACCCUCAUCCCACCUCACGACCAUUGCCGCAGAUCGAAAUGAAAGUUCCAAGAAGCGCAAAUGGGGAAAUAGCAAAGAAAAGGUUCACCCUCUGGCAACACAUGCAAAAAAUGCAAUUUCAGCGAGAAGGUCAGUAGAUCUGACUAGCAUAAAAUCAAGGUCAGAAUUCUGCGACAACAAGGCCAACGUGAAUAUUUUUCACAGUUUCCGAAGGAGCAAGAAAACAAACAAAACGAACAGUGACGCAUCAUAUUCGCAGAUGCAGCGUUACCUAUCACUGGAUGUAACAUACAGUUCUAAGGGAGGGUUUGUGAAAAAAAAACCCAAUAUUUACAAAACAAAGUAA